CGCAAAGUCUACGAUCUCUUCCUCUUUUCCCACGAACUUGACUGGCUAGAGAUUCGCCUCAAUACAAUGGCGCCGUAUGUCGACUACUUUGUGAUAGUCGAGGCUCCCACAACUUUCACAGGCGCCCCCAAACCUCUCUAUCUCCAGGGUAAUUGGACCCGCUUCUCCGAUUUCCAUCCCCAAAUCAUCCACAACGUCGUCACCGACCCUGGACCAGUGCUCGGUAAAACCACCUGGGCCCACGAAGACUAUUUCCGAGACGCCUUGUUCAAGAGCGUCUUUCCAACGCUGUUACACUCUGAGAAAGAAGCACAGGAAGGCGAUGUCCUACUCGUCAGCGAUGUGGAUGAGAUCCCAAAGCCAGAAACACUGAACGUUCUCCGACACUGCCAAUUCCCCGAUCGGCUCACACUACAAAGUAGAUUCUACUACUACUCCUUCCAAUGGCUUCACAUAGGUGAAGAAUGGCCGCAUCCACAAGCCACAACAUAUCACGGCCUCCGCGGGACUCUAACUCCAACCCACCUCCGAAACGGCAUAGGCGGCGUCAGCAUAAUCCCAUUCUGGUCAGCCUUUCUCCGCUGGUACCAAAAAGCCUCAAUCUCCGACGCAGCCUGGCACUGUUCGUCCUGUUUCUCCACGAUCGAGGAAAUGCGCAUGAAAAUGGCAUCGUUCUCCCACACGCCUCUCAAUACGGACGAGAAUCGGGACGAAAAGACGAUGCUGGAACGUGUGAGAAAAGGCCUGGAUCUGUUUGGCAGGGCUGGGGAGAGGUAUGCGAGAGUCGAAGGUAAUCGAGAUGUGCCGAGAUACAUUCUGGAUCAUUGGGCCAAGUUCAAGUAUCUGCUGAAUCGGGACGGCGAAGAUGCGGGAUUUACGGAUUGG